AUGUUCUUUGUUACAGGACUCCUAUCAUGGGAUUCAGGCGAGCAUCAGGUCGAUCUGGAGAAAGAACUGGCUACCCUCACGGCCCAGGCACCCGAGGGGGAGGAAGCCAGAUAUGGCGAAAGAUUGAUCCAGUAUGCUUCAGAGAAUCUCGUGACAGAGAUCCUGAUCCACCCGCAGAUGAACACGCUGAUGCAAUGUAUGAGGAACUUGCUCAGCUCCUUCACCAGGCAUAGACACCUUGUGCACGCCGGAUAUACAUUCGCCGGAAACGGCUCCUGGAUUAUGCAAGAUGGGACAUUCUCCCUCGCUGAUUUUACUGACGCUUACCAAGAAAACGAAGUACAGCGCGUUAUCCGCGCAUAUGAGAACUCGAUCUCUAUUGAUAUACACUGCUCGACCGGUGGCGGUGAGUGGCAGAAGUUGCCCGACAUGCCAUUCGUCAAACAUUGCAAGAUAAGAGUAAAUCCCACGGACAUUCUCGACUCUGGCUCUCAAGCCAUCAAGGACUUUAUCGAAUACUUGGACCCAUACAUCGUACCAGCUAGCUUGGAACAGCUCCUAGUAUCUAGCGACGUGGUUGGCAACAUACGAUUCAGCCACCCCACUCUAUACGUAUUCCCUGGCGGCCAGGGUGAUGCCGCUUUGUUUGGCAUCAACGGAUUCAACAUGCUAGUUGACGGCGGAUUUUCACGUAAGGCUUGCUGGUGGGAUUUUGCACGACACUUGGACAGACUAGACGCAGUCCUCUUCACUCGGCUCAAUAACUGCUCAGCCUCCGGUAUGGCAUCGGUGCUACAUCGUAAAGCCACUGCGAGUGUAUAUCCCCAGAUUGGACACUUCUUCUGUAACCUUGAAGAACGUCGCUCUCUCGCCAGUCCCGAUGGCGACAAAGAUGCAGACCCUCUGCUGGUCUCACUGCUACAAACAGGUUCAGACAUGAUGACCGACCUCCGGCAUAUAAACCUGAAACCACAACACUGCUACAGAAGUCCCGAGCCUAUUAAUUUAUAUCAUAAAGUUGGCCAUGGAACCUUAGAUAUGUAUGUACUAAAUCCGUCCAAGGACUCCAAAUACGUUAGAGAAUUUCUCAAAAGAUGGCACAAUAGUGAACAAAAACUUUUUGAAGGCGCGAGUAUAUCAGGACAGUUCAAUUUUCCAAUUCCAAAUUUAGUUUCAAUAUGUGCACUUCUAGUAUGGCGACCAGCGAAUCCAGACGAUACAAUAACUAGAAUAAUGUUCCCUGGAUCAACUCCUCAACACAAAAUAUUUGAAGGACUUGAACGGCUAAGGCAUUUAGAAUUCUUACAACAUCCCACAUAUACAGGACGACAAAUGGCGCCAGUCCCAACUGUACCUGUAACGACCUCGACUACAGUUACAAGAACCACUAAACCUAUUACAACAAAAACUAUCAAAGAAAAGACCUCUCUUAUAGAGAAAAAAGAAGAAAAAUUAAUAGAACAAGAAUCUAAAUUAGUAAAAGAUGAAACAGAUUCUAAAAAUAUCUUAGACAAUAAGCUACUUAGUGAAUUAGUAGAUGGAGAAGAGAAGAGAAUUGAAUCAGUUUUACAAGAAGCCAUUACUGCCAGAGUAGAUACUAAGUUAGAUGAUAAGUUUGCUCAAUACGAGAGCACUGUCGUAGACGGCCUGCCGAAAAAAAAAGACGCGAAGAAAAAAGUUGUGGAUAAGAAAACAAAACGUGUCGAAAAGACUGAUGAUAUUAAAGACUCUUUAUACAAAAGCACUGAUUUGAAGAAAUCUGAAACUGAUAGUAAAACAAAACCUGAAAUAAAGAAAAAGCCAGAAAAAUUAAAAAUGGAAACGAUGACGUCAACAGUAAGCAAAAGUAAAGUAAGCCAAAGGAUGGCUAGGACAACUGAGAAAAAGACCACUUCAACAAUAAUUGACAAAAGAGAUGAUAAAAAAUCUCCUCCCACAACACCAAAGAAAACAAUAGAUACAAAAACACCUACAAGUAUAGUAAAAGAUAAAAUUAAAUCAAAAACAAGGAAAUUGAGUCCAGGCAGCACUCCAGCCAAAAGUAUGAAAGAAGCAAAUAAUAGAAGAGUUGCUGAAUCAAAAUACAAACAAGUUUCACCAAAACGGGAUGUUACACAGAAAACUUUAGAUAAGAAAGAAACGAAAACAAAACGAGAGCCUAUUUCUCGAAGACCAAGACCUUUAGCAUCACCUAUUAAAGGAAUGAAAGGCUUAAAAAGUCCUACGAAAUCGAUGAAAACAAUUAAGUCAGACACAUCAAAAUUAAAAGGUUUACAAAGAGUAAAUUAUGAGGAUAUUUUAAAAGAAGCUAAAAAAUCAGAUGAAGAAACAUCUAGAUCACUUGAUGACAUUAAACAGCAAGAGUUAGAUGAAAGAGAAGAACAAGAAAUUGUAAGAGAAAUUGAAGCAGUAUUUAAUAGAGAUAGCGAAGCUGAGGAGAAAAUCGAAUUUGUCGGCAGAUCUGAUAUUGAAAAGAUCACUUGUUUAUUAGACGAUGCCAAAACUGAAACCACCGCUGAUGGUGAAUUUGAAGAAGAAUAUCUUAUUAUUGAAAAAGAAGAAGUAGAUCAAUAUACAGAAGAAUCAAUUGCUGAUAGAGAAAGCAGUCAUGAAAAAGAAGAUGAAUUACAAAAACAUUUAAAAGACAAAGAAGAAUCCGAAAAAAGGAAAACAGAUAAGGACGAUCAAUUUGAGCGAGUAGAUGACAAGGUAAAACUUGAAAAAGUUACCGAUAAAGAAGCGGAAUCUAAAGAGCAAUCGGUGAGUGUAGAAGAAAAACAAGAUGUAAGCAGCGAAAAGAAAACAUCUGAGAGUAAAAGUGGUAUGAUUAAACCUAAAGAUUCCCUUGAAAAUAUUAUCCAAGAAUCACAUCCAGAUGAAAAAGUGUCUACUACUAUAGAGUCUGGUGCAACUACUGCACCAACUCUUCCUGAGGAUGAGCGUAUUCCAUUAGAUGAUAUAAAAGAGGACCAACACGUUGAAGAGAAACAUGUUAAGGAAGAAACUAAAGAAGUAAUUCCUCCACGAACUCUCAUUGAUACACAAAAAUUCAUUUUAUCGGAGAAAAGUCCUAGAAUUGCGCCUCUUCCCGGACCCAUAAGAGAAAUAGUAAAAACUCCAGAUGAAGUCGCUGAUUUACCGUUGCAUGAAGAAGUUGACUAUCGUACUUAUGAAGAAAAGAAAACACCACUCGAUGAUGAUUUCAAACAGAAAUUAGAUGUGAGCUUAGAUCAUGAAAUGAAAAUACCUAGCGACUUAGCUAUCGUUGGAAAACAUGCACCAAUGCCAUAUAAAGAAACUAGUGCAAUUCAAGAUGAUGUUAUCAUUAAAACUGUACGUCCGUCUCAUGCAGAAUUGGUAACAGUUACUCCUGGCUCGGCACCCGAGUCACCGAUGUAUCAAGACCAUAUGAAAGUUACACUAAUUCAAGGGAAAGACUUAGAACCUGUAAAAGAAUAUGAGGAUUCUGCUUUUGACUACGGACAAUAUACAGAAAAACUAAGAGAGACUCACAUAACGACUAUCGACUCGCCAAUCAAAGAAGAUUUGCUUGUUGUUGAUGAAAUUUCUACUAUGCCCGAAAAAAUACCCUCAAUACCUGAAGAUGUUGAAAAGGAAAUAGAAGAAGCUCGCAAAUUGGAAUCUGUUGAAAAACCUCUACUAAGUCCAAAAGAUGUCGAAAAGAUAGUCGCAGACGUUGCUGAAGUAUUGAAAUCUGAUAAAAGCCUGGAAGAACUAAUAGCAGAAAAGUCACCAAUUCUUCGGAAAUCUCCUGAUAUAUUUAGUAAAGUCUCUGAAGUCAGCACUAUUGAAGCUGCAAAAACGUUUUUAUAUGAAGAACGAGACAAAAUUAUUAGUCAACAAGAAACUUCAGGAAGUGACAUCGCAUUACAAAAAAAAUCGCAAAAAGAAAUUUCUCCAGUACGAUCAGUAACAUCUGAAGAUAUAAGUGAUGUAUCUGAUAAAACGGUUUUGAGUGAAGGCAAAAGAAUCAAAAGAGAAGUUAAAGAAACAACGCAAACUAAAAGUCUCGAUAAAGAAAAAGUUCCAAUUAAUGGAUUUUCUGCAGAAACAACGCUGGCAACAGAGAAAGAUGGGUUAAAAAAAGAAAAAGAUGAAAUAGACACUCAAAUUGAGAAAAGACUAAGUGUAACUUUAGACUCGGCUAAGACAUUAGAAAAGCUUGAGGAAAAAAUGGCUGAUUUAAAGAGCAAAGAAGAUCAAAACCUAAUUGAAGUAGCCGAAAAAAAUAAAAUAUUAUCUGGUAUAGAUUUAUUAACUACACACACCACAGUUAAAGUCGACGAACCAGAUAUUAAAGAUAAGAUUGUCAUCGAACCAUUUAGCCCUAAAAUGGAUAUUUCACUCAGUGAAGCUCUUGAGAAAGAACUUGUUACUGAGGAUAAAAAAAAGAAAAAAGAAAAAGUUUGUGAAACAGCGGAGGAAAUAGCUAAAUCGAUACCGGAUACGUUAAAGGAAACAAUAAGUCCUGAUUUAAUACAAGAUGUUAAAGAUUCAUCAAAACAUCUGGUAGCUGAUGUAAAAGACACUAUACUCCCUAUCGUUUCUGACAAACUUGAUGCAAAUCAAGUAAGUUUAGACAAAGAUACGAGAAAAAUCUCUAAGGAUGAUGACAAACUCUUAAAAAUUGAUAGUAAUGAAGGAAAGCAGGAUAAAUUGGAGGAGAAGAAAAAGGAAAGUAAAUCUAUGAUAAGUAGUUUUAUGAAUAAAUUUGAUGAAAAAAUAAGUAAAGCAAAAGGAUUAUUUACUAAAAAAAGUGACAAGUCUAUUGAACAUGAGGACACAGUUGUUAAAGCUGAAACCCAAAAACCAGAAGAAAAAAUAUUAUCUCCUGAACAAAUAAGUGAAACAGUGAUAAGCACAGUCAAACCUUUCGAAAAUUACAUUAUUGCUCUUAUUUCUUCUCAAAGAGAAAUUGAAGAAGUUCUUCGUGAUUUUUCCGAAUACGGGAAACCAGAGGAAAAUGUCACAGUUAAAACUGAGAAAAUUAUUGUAGAACGAACUCAAAUUGUACGAACUACAAUAACACGAACAAUAAAAACGAAAUAUGCAGAUAGCUAUGGAAUUGUCAGAAAGUUAAGAACCAUAACCGUGAUCACAAUAUCUGAUAGCCGUCCGGAUGGUACAAUUUCUACGGAGGUUGAUGGAAAUACCACUUUAACUGAAUUAGACGAUAAGGUCGCUGCAGAAGUAAGGAGAUUUAAUAUAAAAGAAGAUACGUCAACUCAAGAACAGAUACAAGAAAAAAAUAUAAUUCACAAUGGUCGACAAAUAGUCCAAAAAACUUGUACAAAAAUAACAAAAGAAUACGUAACUAAUCAAAUGAAAUUAAGGAAAAAAGUAAAAACCACAGAGGAAAUUAUAAAUACAAUUUAUUUCUCGGAUAAAAAUACAGAAACUGUUACAAUAACAAGAGUAUUAUAUGGCGAUUAUAAUUCAGUAACACAAAGAAUAACAAAUGAAAAAGUACUAAAGGUAAUAAUUAUGUCCACGAAACAUAUCAAAGACUUAAAACAAGAACAAGUAAUUCAUGACAUAUCUAUAAUACAAAACAAGCUUAAUAUAUCCAAACCAAAGGAUAUAUCAGCGUCUUCAACAUCGGACAAAGAACUAAGCCAAACAAAAGAGAAACAGAUGGAGUUAAUAUCUGAUACAACUCAAGAAAAGGAUAUACAUGCAUUCAAAGAAGAGCCUAUUGCAAAACAAAUUGACGUAAAGAUGCCCAGUCCCGAAAUAAAAGCAGAACCUAAACCUAUCACUGAAAAGCCAGAUAAAAAGGCGUCUAGCCCUGUUGAGGAGGUCAAAGAAGAACCAGUCUAUAAGAAACUUGACGAAAAAGCUCCCAGUUCUGUGAAAGAAAAAGAGCAUGCACUUGUUAGUAAAAAAACACACGAAAAGUCACAUAGCCCUGAAGAGGAGAUCAAAGAUAAGAAAUUUGACGUUAUGGGGGCCAGGUCUGUCAAAGUAUCAGAACCUAAGCCUGUCACUGAAAAACCAGAUGACAAAGCCCCUAGCCCUGUAGAAAAGGUCAAGGAAAAGAAACUUGAUAUUAAGGAGCCCAGCCCUGUAAAAGAAACGGAACCUAAACCUAUCACAGAAAAACUAGACGAAAAGUCGCCUAGCCCUGUGGAGGAGGUAACAGACAAGAAACUUGACUUUAAAGAGCCCAGCCCCGUCAAAGAAACAGAACCUAAGCCUAUCAUAGAAAAACUAGACGAAAAGGUGCCUAGUACUGUAGAGGAGGUCAAAGAAAAGAAACAUGACGAAAAGGAGCCAAGCCCUGCCAAAGAAACAGAACCUAAAUCUAUCACUGAAAAACUAGAUAAAAAGACGCCUAGUCUUAUAGAGGAGGUCAAGGAAAAGAAACUUGACGAAAAGCAGCCCAGUCCUGUCAAAGAAACUGAACCUAUGCCUGUCAGUAAAGAACACGAUGAAAAGCCGCCUAGCCCUGUAGAGGUACUAAAAGAGAAGAAAGUAGACGUUAAAGAGCCCAGUCCAAUUAAAGAAACGCAACCAAAACUUAUCACUAAAAAACCAGAUGAAAAGGCGCCUAGUCCUGUUGGCGAGGUCAAAGACGAGAUACUUGACGUCAAGGAGCCAAGCCCUCUCAAAGAAACAGAAUCCAAACCUAUUACUGAGAAAUCAAACGAAAAGGUGCCUAGCCUAGUAGAGGAAGUCAAGAAAAAGAAACUUGAAGUUAAGGAGCCAAGCCCUAUCAAAGAAAUAGAACCGAUGCCUAUUACUGAAAAACCAGAUAAAAAGACGCCUAGUCCUGUAGAUGAGGUCAAGGAAAAGAAACGUGACGAAAAGGAGCCCAGCCCUGUCAAAGAAACAGGACCUAAACCUAUUACUGAGAAAUCAGACAAAAUGGUGCCUAGCCCUGGAGAGGAGAUCAAGGAAAUGAAAGUUGACGUUAAGGAGCCAAGCCCUAUCAAAGAAACAGAAACUACGCCUAUCAGUAAGAAACAAGAUGAAAAGACGCCUAGUCCUAUAAAGGAGGUCAAGGAAAAACAACUUGACGAAAAGGAGCCAAGCCCUGUCAAAGAAACUGAACCUAAGCCUGUCAGUGAAAAAUCCGAUGAAAAGGCCCCUAGCCCUGUAGAGGUGCUAAAAGACAAGAAAGUUGACGUUAAAGAGCCCAGUCCUAUCAAAGACGCAGAACCUACGCCUAUUAGGGAAAAAUCAGAUGAAAAGGCGCCCAGCCCUGUUGACGAGCUCAAAGACGAGAUACUUGACGUCAAGGAGCCAAGCCCUCUCAAAGAAACAGAACCUAAACCUAUUACUGAGAAAUCAGACGAAAAGGUGCCUAGCCCUGUAGAGGAAAUCAAGGAAAAGAAUCUUGACGUUAAGGAACCAAGCCAUAUCAAAGAAACAGAACCGACGCCUAUCACUGGAAAACCAGAUAAAAAGACGCCUAGUCCUGUAGAGGAGAUCAAGGAAAAGAAACUUGACGAAAAGGAACCCAGUCCUGUCAAAGAAACUGAACCUAAGCCUGUCAGUGAAAAACCCGAUGAAAAGGCCCCUAGCCCUGUAGAGGUGGUAAAAGACAAGAAAGUUGACGUUAAAGAGCCCAGUCCUAUCAAAGACGCAGAAUCUACGCCUAUUAGUGAAAAAUCAGAUGAAAAGGCGCCCAGCCCUGUUGACGAGCUCAAAGACGAGAUACUUGACGUCAAGGAGCCAAGCCCUCUCAAAGAAACAGAACCUAAACCUAUUACUGAGAAAUCAGACGAAAAGGUACCUAGCCCUGUAGAGGAGAUCAAGGAAAAGAAACUUGACGUCAAGGAGCCAAGCCCUCUCAAAGAAACGGAACCUAAACCUGUUACUGAGAAAUCAGACGAAAAGGUGCCUAGCCCUAUAGAGGAGAUCAAGGAAAAGAAACUUGACGUUAAGGAGCCAAGCCUUGUCAAAGAAUUAGAACCUAAGCCUAUCAGUGAAAAACAUGACGAAAAGGCUCCAAGCCCUGUAGAGGUGCUAAAAGACAAGAAAGUUGACGUGAAAGAGCCCAGUCCUAUCAAAGAAACAGAACCUACGCCUAUCAGUGAAAAACCAGAUGAAAUGGUGCCCAGCCCUGUUGACGAGCUCAAAGACGAGAUACUUGACGUCAAGGAGCCAAGCCCUCUCAAAGAAACGGAACCUAAACCUGUUACUGAGAAAUCAAACGAAAAGGUGCCUAGCCCUGUAGAGGAGAUCAAGGAAAAGAAACUUGACGUUAAGGAGCCAAGCCCUAUCAAAGGAACAGAACCGACGCCUUUCACUGAAAAACCAUAUAAAGAGACGCCUAGUCCUGUGGAGAGUGUGAAGGAAAAAAAACUUGACGAAAAGGAGCCCAGCCCUAUCAAAGAAACUGAACCUAAGCCUGUCAGUGAAAAAUCCGAUGAAAAGGCCCCUAGCCCUGUAGAGGUGCUAAAAGACAAGAAAGUUGACGUUAAAGAGCCCAGUCCUAUCAAAGACGCAGAACCUACGCCUAUUAGUGAAAAAUCAGAUGAAAAGGCGCCCAGCCCUGUUGACGAGCUCAAAGACGAGAUACUUGACGUCAAGGAGCCAAGCCCUCUCAAAGAAACAGAACCUAAACCUAUUACUGAGAAAUCAGACGAAAAGGUGCCUAGCCCUGUAGAGGAAAUCAAGGAAAAGAAUCUUGACGUUAAGGAACCAAGCCAUAUCAAAGAAACAGAACCGACGCCUAUCACUGGAAAACCAGAUAAAAAGACGCCUAGUCCUGUAGAGGAGUUCAAGGAAAAGAAACUUGACGAAAAGGAACCCAGUCCUGUCAAAGAAACUGAACCUAAGCCUGUCAGUGAAAAACCCGAUGAAAAGGCCCCUAGCCCUGUAGAGGUGGUAAAAGACAAGAAAGUUGACGUUAAAGAGCCCAGUCCUAUCAAAGACGCAGAACCUACGCCUAUUAGUGAAAAAUCAGAUGAAAAGGCGCCCAGCCCUGUUGACGAGCUCAAAGACGAGAUACUUGACGUCAAGGAGCCAAGCCCUCUCAAAGAAACAGAACCUAAACCUAUUACUGAGAAAUCAGACGAAAAGGUGCCUAGCCCUGUAGAGGAAAUCAAGGAAAAGAAUCUUGACGUUAAGGAACCAAGCCAUAUCAAAGAAACAGAACCGACGCCUAUCACUGGAAAACCAGAUAAAAAGACGCCUAGUCCUGUAGAGGAGAUCAAGGAAAAGAAACUUGACGAAAAGGAACCCAGUCCUGUCAAAGAAACUGAACCUAAGCCUGUCAGUGAAAAACCCGAUGAAAAGGCCCCUAGCCCUGUAGAGGUGGUAAAAGACAAGAAAGUUGACGUUAAAGAGCCCAGUCCUAUCAAAGAAAUAGAACCUACGCCUCUCAGUGAAAAACCAUAUGAAAAGGCGUCCAGUCCUGUUGAUGAGCUCAAAGACGAGAUACUUGACGUCAAGGAGCCAAGCCCUGUCACAGAAAGUGAACCUAAGCCUGUCAGUGAAAAACAUGAUGAAAAGGCCCCUAGCCCUGUAGAGGUGCUAAAAGACAAGAAAGUUGACGUUAAAGAGCCCAGUCCUAUCAAAGAAACAGAACCUACACCUAUCAGUGAAAAACCAGGUGAAAAGGCGCCCAGCCCUGUUGAAGAGCUCAAAGACGAGGUACUUGACGUCAAGGAGCCAAGCCCUCUCAAAGAAACAGAACCUAAACCUAUUACUGAGAAAUCAGACGAAAAGUUGCCUAGCCCUGUAGAGGAAAUCAAGGAAAAGAAAGUUGACGUUAAGGAGCCAAGCCCUAUCAAAGAAACAGAACCGACGCCUAUCACUGGAAAACAAGAUAAAAAGACGCCUAGUCCUGUAGAGGAGUUCAAGGAAAAGAAACAUGACGAAAAGGAGCCCAGCCCUGUCAAAGAAACAGAGCCUAAACCUAUUACUGAGAAAUCAGACGAAAAGGUUUCUAGCCCUGUAAAGGAGAUCGAGGAAAAAAAACUUGACGUUAAAGAUCCAAGCCCUAUCAAAGAAACAGAACUGACGCCUAUCACUGAAAAACCAGAUAAAAAGACGCCUAGUCCUAUAGAGGAGGUCAAGGAAAAGAAAAUUGACGAAAAGGAGCCCAGCCCUGUCAAAGAAACUGAACCUAAGCCUGUCAGUGAAAAACAUGAUGAAAAGGCCCCUAGCCCUGUAGAGGUGCUAAAAGACAAGAAAGUUGACGUUAAAGAGCCCAGUCCUAUCAAAGAAACAGAACCUACACCUAUCAGUGAAAAACCAGGUGAAAAGGCGCCCAGCCCUGUUGAAGAGCUCAAAGACGAGGUACUUGACGUCAAGGAGCCAAGCCCUCUCAAAGAAACAGAACCUAAACCUAUUACUGAGAAAUCAGACGAAAAGUUGCCUAGCCCUGUAGAGGAAAUCAAGGAAAAGAAAGUUGACGUUAAGGAGCCAAGCCCUAUCAAAGAAACAGAACCGACGCCUAUCACUGGAAAACAAGAUAAAAAGACGCCUAGUCCUGUAGAGGAGUUCAAGGAAAAGAAACAUGACGAAAAGGAGCCCAGCCCUGUCAAAGAAACAGAGCCUAAACCUAUUACUGCGAAAUCAGACGAAAAGGUUUCUAGCCCUGUAAAGGAGAUCGAGGAAAAAAAACUUGACGUUAAAGAUCCAAGCCCUAUCAAAGAAACAGAACCGACGCCUAUCACUGAAAAACCAGAUAAAAAGACGCCUAGUCCUAUAGAGGAGGUCAAGGAAAAGAAAAUUGACGAAAAGGAGUCCAGCCCUGUCAAAGAAACUGAACCUAAGCCUGUCAGUGAAAAACAUGAUGAAAAGGCCCCUAGCCCUGUAGAGGUGCUAAAAGACAAGAAAGUUGACGUUAAAGAGCCCAGUCCUAUCAAAGAAACAGAACCUACACCUAUCAGUGAAAAAACAGGUGAAAAGGCGCCCAGCCCUGUUGAAGAGCUCAAAGACGAGAUACUUGACGUCAAGGAGCCAAGCCCUCUCAAAGAAACAGAACCUAAACCUAUUACUGAGAAAUCAGACGAAAAGUUGCCUAGCCCUGUAGAGGAAAUCAAGGAAAAGAAAGUUGACGUUAAGGAGCCAAGCCCUAUCAAAGAAACAGAACCGACGCCUAUCACUGGAAAACAAGAUAAAAAGACGCCUAGUCCUGUAGAGGAGUUCAAGGAAAAGAAACAUGACGAAAAGGAGCCCAGCCCUGUCAAAGAAACAGAGCCUAAACCUAUUACUGCGAAAUCAGACGAAAAGGUUUCUAGCCCUGUAAAGGAGAUCGAGGAAAAAAAACUUGACGUUAAAGAUCCAAGCCCUAUCAAAGAAACAGAACCGACGCCUAUCACUGAAAAACCAGAUAAAAAGACGCCUAGUCCUAUAGAGGAGGUCAAGGAAAAGAAAAUUGACGAAAAGGAGCCCAGCCCUGUCAAAGAAACUGAACCUAAGCCUGUCAGUGAAAAACAUGAUGAAAAGGCCCCUAGCCCUGUAGAGGUGCUAAAAGACAAGAAAGUUGACGUUAAAGAGCCCAGUCCUAUCAAAGAAACAGAACCUACACCUAUCAGUGAAAAAACAGGUGAAAAGGCGCCCAGCCCUGUUGAAGAGCUCAAAGACGAGGUACUUGACGUCAAGGAGCCAAGCCCUCUCAAAGAAACAGAACCUAAACCUAUUACUGAGAAAUCAGACGAAAAGUUGCCUAGCCCUGUAGAGGAAAUCAAGGAAAAGAAAGUUGACGUUAAGGAGCCAAGCCCUAUCAAAGAAACAGAACCGACGCCUAUCACUGGAAAACAAGAUAAAAAGACGCCUAGUCCUGUAGAGGAGUUCAAGGAAAAGAAACAUGACGAAAAGGAGCCCAGCCCUGUCAAAGAAACAGAGCCUAAACCUAUUACAGUGAAAUCAGACGAAAAGAGCCCAGUCCUAUCAAAGAAACAGAACCUACACCUAUCAGUGAAAAACCAGGUGAAAAGGCGCCCAGUCCCGUUGAGGAGCUCAAGACGAAAGAAACUUGACGAAAAGGAGCCCAGCCCUGUCAAAGAAACAGAGCCUAAACCUAUUACUGAGAAAUCAGACGAAAAGUUGCCUAGCCCUGUAGAGGAAAUCAAGGAAAAGAAAGUUGACGUUAAGGAGCCAAGCCCUAUCAAAGAAACAGAACCGACGCCUAUCACUGGAAAACAAGAUAAAAAGACGCCUAGUCCUGUAGAGGAGUUCAAGGAAAAGAAACAUGACGAAAAGGAGCCCAGCCCUGUCAAAGAAACAGAGCCUGAACCUAUUACUGCGAAAUCAGACGAAAAGGUUUCUAGCCCUGUAAAGGAGAUCGAGGAAAAAAAACUUGACGUUAAAGAUCCAAGCCCUAUCAAAGAAACAGAACCGACGCCUAUCACUGAAAAACCAGAUAAAAAGACGCCUAGUCCUAUAGAGGAGGUCAAGGAAAAGAAAAUUGACGAAAAGGAGCCCAGCCCUGUCAAAGAAACUGAACCUAAGCCUGUCAGUGAAAAACAUGAUGAAAAGGCCCCUAGCCCUGUAGAGGUGCUAAAAGACAAGAAAGUUGACGUUAAAGAGCCCAGUCCUAUCAAAGAAACAGAACCUACACCUAUCAGUGAAAAAACAGGUGAAAAGGCGCCCAGCCCUGUUGAAGAGCUCAAAGACGAGGUACUUGACGUCAAGGAGCCAAGCCCUCUCAAAGAAACAGAACCUAAACCUAUUACUGAGAAAUCAGACGAAAAGUUGCCUAGCCCUGUAGAGGAAAUCAAGGAAAAGAAAGUUGACGUUAAGGAGCCAAGCCCUAUCAAAGAAACAGAACCGACGCCUAUCACUGGAAAACAAGAUAAAAAGACGCCUAGUCCUGUAGAGGAGUUCAAGGAAAAGAAACAUGACGAAAAGGAGCCCAGCCCUGUCAAAGAAACAGAGCCUGAACCUAUUACUGCGAAAUCAGACGAAAAGGUUUCUAGCCCUGUAAAGGAGAUCGAGGAAAAAAAACUUGACGUUAAAGAUCCAAGCCCUAUCAAAGAAACAGAACCGACGCCUAUCACUGAAAAACCAGAUAAAAAGACGCCUAGUCCUAUAGAGGAGGUCAAGGAAAAGAAAAUUGACGAAAAGGAGCCCAGCCCUGUCAAAGAAACUAAACCUAAGCCUGUCAGUGAAAAUAGCCCUAUUGACGAAAAGGAGCCCAGCCCUGUCAAAGAAACUGAACCUAAGCCUGUCAGUGAAAAACAUGAUGAAAAGGCCCCUAGCCCUGUAGAGGUGCUAAAAGACAAGAAAGUUGACGUUAAAGAGCCCAGUCCUAUCAAAGAAACAGAACCUACACCUAUCAGUGAAAAAACAGGUGAAAAGGCGCCCAGCCCUGUUGAAGAGCUCAAAGACGAGGUACUUGACGUCAAGGAGCCAAGCCCUCUCAAAGAAACAGAACCUAAACCUAUUACUGAGAAAUCAGACGAAAAGUUGCCUAGCCCUGUAGAGGAAAUCAAGGAAAAGAAAGUUGACGUUAAGGAGCCAAGCCCUAUCAAAGAAACAGAACCGACGCCUAUCACUGGAAAACAAGAUAAAAAGACGCCUAGUCCUAUAGGGGAGUUCAAGGAAAAGAAACAUGACGAAAAGGAGCCCAGCCCUGUCAAAGAAACAGAGCCUAAGCCUGUCAGUGAAAAACAUGAUGAAAAGGCCCCUAGCCCUGUAGAGGUGCUAAAAGACAAGAAAGCUGACGUUAAAGAGCCCAGUCCUAUCAAAGAAACAGAACCUACACCUAUCAGUGAAAAACCAGAUGAAAAGGCGGCCAGUCCUGUUGGCGAGCUCAAAGACGACAUACUUGACGUCAAGGAACCAAGCCCUCUCAAAGUAACAGAACCUAUACCUGUUACCAAGAAAUCAGACGAAGAGGUGCCUAGCCCUGUAGAGGAGAUCAAGGAAAAGAAACUUGACGUUAAGGAGCCUAGCCCCACCAAAGAAACAAAACCGACCUCUAUCACUGAAAAACGAGACAAAAAGAUACCUAGUCCUAUAGAGGAGGUCAAGGAAACGAAACUUGACGAAAAGCAGCCCAGCCCUGUCAAAGAAACUGAACCUAAGCCUGUCAGUGAAAAACACGAUGAAAAGGCCCCUAGCCUUGUAGAGGUGGUUAAAGACAAGAAAGUUGACGUUAAAGAGCCCAGUCCUAUCAAAGAAACAGAACCUACACCUAUAAGUGAAAAACCAGGUGAAAAGGCGCCCAGCCCUGUUGACGAGCUCAAAGACGAGGUACUUGACGUCAAGGAGCCAAGCCCUCUCAAAGAAACAGAACCGACGCCUAUCACUGGUAAACAAGAUAAAAAGACGCCUAGUCCCGUAGAGGAGUUCAAGGAAAAGAAACAUGACGAAAAGGAGCCCAGCCCUGUCAAAGAAACAGAGCCUAAACCUAUUACUGAGAAAUCAGACGAAAAGUUGCCUAGCCCUGUAGAGGAAAUCAAGGAAAAGAAAGUUGACGUUAAAGAUCCAAGCCCUAUCAAAGAAACAGAACCGACGCCUAUCACUGAAAAACCAGAUAAAAAGACGCCUAGUCCUAUAGAGGAGGUCAAGGAAAAGAAAAUUGACGAAAAGGAGCCCAGCCCUGUCAAAGAAACUGAACCUAAGAUUGUCAGUGAAAAACAUGAUGAAAAGGCCCCUAGCCCUGUAGAGGUGCUAAAAGACAAGAAAGUUGACGUUAAAGAGCCCAGUCCUAUCAAAGAAACAGAACCUACACCUAUCAGUGAAAGACCAGAUGAAAAGGCGCCCAGCCCUGUUGACGAGCUCAAAGACGAGAUACUUGACGUCAAGGAGCCAAGCCCUCUCAAAGAAACAGAAUCUAAACCUAUUACUGAGAAAUCAGACGAAAAGGUGCCUAGCCUAGUAGAGGAAGUAAAGGAAAAGAAACUUGACGUUAAGGAGCCAAGCCCCAUCAAAAAAACAGAACCGAUGCCUAUUACUGAAAAACCAGAUAAAAAGACGCCGAGUCCUGUAGAGGAGUUCAAGGAAAAGAAACUUGACGAAAAGGAGCCCAGCCCUGUCAAAGAAACAGAACUUAAACCUAUUACUGAGAAAUCAGACGAAAAGGUGCCUAGCCCUGUAAAGGAGAUCAAGGAAAAACAACUUGACGUUAAGGAGCCAAGCCCUAUCAAAGAAAGAGAACCGACGCCUGUCACUGAAAAACCAGAUAAAAAGACGCCUAGUCCUAUAGAGGAGGUCAAGGAAAAGAAAAUUGACGAAAAGGAGCCCAGCCCUGUCAAAGAAACAGGACCUAAACCUAUUACUGAGAAAUCAGACGAAAAGGUGCCUAGCCCUGUAAAGGAGAUCAAGGAAAAAAAACUUGACGUUAAGGAGCCAAGCCCUAUCAAAGAAACAGAACCGACGCCUAUCACUGAAAAACCAGAUAAAAAGACGCCUAGUCCUAUAGAGGAGGUCAAGGAAAAGAAAAUUGACGAAAAAGAGCCCAGCCCUGUCAAAGAAACUGAAUCUAAGCCUGUCAGUGAAAGUGCAAAGCACGAUGAAAAGGCCCCUAGUACUGUACAGGUGCUAAAAGACAAGAAAGUUGACGUUAAAGAGCCCAGUCCUAUCAAAGAAACAGAACCUACGCCUAUUCGUGAAAAACCAGAUGAAAAGGCGCCCAGCCCUGUUGACGAGCUCAAAGACGAGGUACAUGACGUCAAGGAGCCAAGUCCUCUCAAAGAAACAGAAUCUAAACCUAUUACUGAGAAAUCAGACGAAAAGGUGCCUAGCCUAGUAGAGGAAGUAAAGGAAAAGAAACUUGACGUUAAGGAGCCAAGCCCCAUCAAAGAAACACAACCUAUCACUGGAAAACCAGAUAAAAAGACGCCUAGUCCUGUAGAGGAGGUCAAGGAAAAGAAACUUGACGAAAAGCAGCCCAGCCCUGUCAAAGAAUUAGAACCUAAGCCUGUUAGUGAUAAACCUGUCGAAAAGGCCCCUAGCCCUGUAGAGAUGCUAAAACACAAGAAAGUUGACAUUAAGGAGCCAAGCUCUAUCAAAGAAACAGAACCGACGCCCAUUACUGAAAAACCAGAUAAAGAGUCGCCUAGUCCUGUAGAGGAGGUCAAGGAAAAGAAACUUGACGAAAAGGAGCCCAGCCCUGUCAAAGAAGAAGAACCUAAGUCUGUCAUUGAAGAACCCGAUGAAGAGGCCUCUAGCCUUGUAGAGAUGCUAAAAGACAAGAAAAUUGAGGUUGAAGAGCCCAGUCGUAUUAAAGAAACGGUACCUAAAGUUAUCACUAAAAAACCAGAUCAAAAAGCGCCCAGUCCUGUUGACGAGGUCAAAGACGAGAUACUUGACGUCAAGGAGCCAAGCGCUCUCAUAGAAACAGAACCUAAACCUAUUACUAAGAAAUCAGACGGAGAGGUGCCUAGCCCUGUAGAGGAGAUCAAGGAAAGGAAACUUGACGUUAAGGAGCCAAGCCCUAUCAAAGGAACAGAACCGACGCUUAUUACUGGAAAACCAGAUAAAAAGACGCCUAGUCCUGUAGAGGAGCUCAAGGAAAAGACACUUGAUGAAAAGCAGCCCAGCCCUGUCAAAGAAACAGAACCUAAGCCUGUUAGUGAAAAACCCGACGAAAAGGCCCCUAGCCCUGUAGAGGUGCUAAAAGACAAGAAAGUUGACGUUAAAGAGCCCAGCCCUGUCAAAGAAACAGAACUUAAGCCUGUUAGUGAAAAACCCGACGAAAAGGCCCCUAGCCCUGUAGAGGUGCUAAAAGACAAGAAAGUUGACGUUAAAGAGCCCAGUACUAUCAAAGAAACAGAACCUACGCCUAUCAGUGAAAAACCAGAUGAAGAGGCGCCCAGCCCUGUUGUUGAGCUCAAACACGAGAUACUUGACGUCAAGGAGCCAAGCCCUCUCAAAGAAACGGAACCUAAACCUGUUACUGAGAAAUCGGACGACAAGGUGCCUAGCCCUGUAGAGGAGAUCAAGGAAAAAAAACUUGACGUUAAAGAUCCAAGCCCUAUCAAAGAAACAGAACCGACGCCUAUCACUGAAAAACCAGAUAAAAAGACGCCUAGUCCUAAAGAGGAGGUCAAGGAACAGAAACUUGACGAAGAGGAGCCCAGCCCUGUCAAAGAAACUGAACCUAAGCCUUUCAGUGAAAAACCCGAUGAAAAGGCCCCUAGCCCUGUAGAGGUGCUUAAAGACAAGAUAGUUGACGUUAAAGAGCCCAGUCCUAUCAAAGAAACAGAACCUACGCCUAUCAGUGAAAAACCAGAUGAAAUGGCGCCCAGCCCUGUUGGCGAGGUCAAAGACGAGAUACUUGACGUUAAGGAGCCAAGCCCUAUCAAAGAAACAGAACUGCCUAUUACUGAAAAACAAGAUAAAAAGACGCCUAGUCCUGUAGAGGAGGUCAAGGAAAAGAAAAUUGACGAAAAGGAGCCCAGCCCUGUCAAAGAAACUGAACCUAAGCCUGUCAGUGAAAAACAUGAUGAAAAGGCCCCUAGCCCUGUAGAGGUCCUAAAAGACAAGAAAGUUGACGUUAAGGAGCCGAGCCCUAUCAAAGAAACAGAACCUACGCCUUUCACUGAAAAACCAGAUAAAGGGACGCCUAGUCCUGUUGAGGAGGUCAAGGAAAAAAAACUUGACGAAAAGGAGCCCAGCCCUGUCAAAGAAACAGAACCUAAACCUAUUACUGAGAAAUCAGACGAAAAGUUGCCUAGCCGUGUAGAGGAGAUCAAGGAAAUGAAAGUUGACGUUAAGGAGCCGAGCCCUAUCAAAGAAACAGAACCUACGCCUUUCACUGAAAAACCAGAUAAAGGGACGCCUAGUCCUGUUGAGGAUGUCAAGGAAAAGAAACUUGACGAAAAGGAGCCCAGCCCUGUCAAAGAAACAGAACCUAAACCUAUUACUGAGAAAUCAGACGAAAAGUUGCCUAGCCCUGUAGAGGAGAUCAAGGAAAUGAAAGUUGACGUUAAGGAGCCGAGCCCUAUCAAAGAAAAAGAACCUACGCCUUUCACUGAAAAACCAGAUAAAGGGACGCCUAGUUCUAUAGAGGAUGUCAAGGAAAAGAAACUUGACGAAAAGGAGCCCAGCCCUGUUAAAGAAACCGAACCUAAGCCUGUCAUUGAAAAACCCAAUGAAAAGGCCCCUAGCCCUGUGGAGAUGCUUAAAGACAAGAAAAUUGACGUUAAAGAGCCCAGUCCUAUUAAAGAAACGGAACCUAAAAUUAUCACAAAAAAACCAGAUGAAAAGGCGGCCAGUCCUGUUGGCGAGGUCAAAGACGAGAUACUUGACGUCAAGGAGCCAAGCCCUCUCAAAGAAACAGAACCUAUACCUGUUACCAAGAAAUCAGACGAAGAGGUACCUAGCUCUGUAGAGGAGAUCAAGGAAAAGAAACUUGACGUUAAGGAGCCUAGCCCUAUCAAAGAAACAGAACCGACGCCUAUUACUGAAAAACCAGAUAAAGAGACGCCUAGUCCUGUAGAGAAUGUCAAGGAAAAGAAACUUGACGAAAAGGAGCCCAGCCCUGUCAAAGAAACUGAACCUAAGCCUGUCAGUGAAAAACAUGAUGAAAAGGCCCCUAGCCCUGUAGAGGUGCUAAAAGACAAGAAAGUUGACGUUAAAGAGCCCAGUCCUAUCAAAGAAACAGAACCUACACCUAUCAGUGAAAGAUCAGAUCAAAAGGCGCCCAGCCCUGUUGACGAGCUCAAAGACGAGAUACUUGACUUCAAGGAGCAAAGCCCCACCAAAGAAACAGAACCGACCUCUAUCACUGAAAAACGAGACAAAAAGAUGCCUAGUCCUAUAGAGGAGGUCAAGGAAACGAAACUUGACGAAAAGCAGCCCAGCCCUGUCAAAGAAACUGAACCUGAGCCUGUCAGUGAAAAACACGAUGAAAAGGCCGCUAGCCCUGUAGAGGCACUAAAAGACAAGAAAGUUGACGUUAAAGAGCCCAGUCCUAUCAAAGAAACAGAACCGACGCCUAUCAGUAAAAAACCAGAUGAAAAGGCGCCCAGCCCUGUUGACGAGGUCAAAGAAGAGGUAUUUGACGUCAAGGAUCCAAGCCCUCUCAAAGAAACAGAAUCUAAACCUAUUAUUGAGAAAUCAGACGAAAAGGUGCCUAGCCUAAUAGAGGAAGUCAAGGAAAAGAAACUUGACGUUAAGGAGCCAAGCCCUAUCAAAGAAACAGAACCGACACGUAUCACUGGUAAACAAGAUAAAAAGACGCCUAGUCCCGUAGAGGAGUUCCAGGAAAAGAAACAUGACGAAAAGGAGCCCAGCCCUGUCAAAAAAACAGAACCUAAACCUAUUACUGAGAAAUCAGACGAAAAGGUGCCUAGCCCUGUAGAGGAGAUCAAGGAAAAGAAAGUUGACGUUAAGGAGCCGAGCCCUAUUAAAGGAACAGAACCUACGCCUUUCAUUGAAAAACCAGAUAAAGAGACGCCUAGUCCUGUAGAGGAUGUCAAGGAAAAGAAACUUGACGAAAAGGAGCCCAGCCCUGUCAAAGAAACCGAACCUAAGCCUGUCAUUGAAAAACUCGAUGAAAAGGCCCCUAGCCCUGUGGAGAUGCUUAAAGACAAGAAAAUUGACGUUAAAGAGCCCAGUCCUAUUAAAGAAACGGAACCUAAAAUUAUCACAAAAAAACCAGAUGAAAAGGCGGCCAGUCCUGUUGGCGAGGUCAAAGACGAGAUACUUGACGUCAAGGAGCCAAGCCCUCUCAAAGAAACAGCACCUAUACCUGUUACCAAGAAAUCAGACGAAGAGGUGCCUAGCCCUGUAGAGGAGAUCAAGGAAAAGAAACUUGACGUUAAGGAGCCUAGCCCUAUCAAAGAAACAGAACCGACGCCUAUUACUGAAAAACCAGAUAAAAAGACCCCUAGUCCUGUAGAGGAGGCCACGAAAAAGAAACUUGACGAAAAGGAGCCCAGCCCUGUCAAAGAAACAGAACUUAAACCUACUACUGAGAAAUCAGACGAAAAGGUUUCUAGCCCUGUAAAGGAGAUCAAGGAAAAAAAACUUGAUGUUAAGGAUCCAAGCCCUAUCAAAGAAACCGUACCGACGCCUUUCACUGAAAAACCAGAUAAAAAGACGCCUAGUCCUAUAGAGGAUGUCAAGGAAAAGAAACUUGACGAAAAGGAGCCCAGCCCUGUCAAAGAAACCGAAUCUAAGCCUGUCAUUGAAAAACCCGAUGAAAAGGCCUCUAGCCCUGUAGAGAUGCUAAAAGACAAGAAAAUUGACGUUAAAGAGCCCAGUCCUAUUAAAGAAACGGAACCUAAAAUUAUCACAAAAAAACCAGAUGAAAAGGCGGCCAGUCCUGUUGGCGAGGUCAAAGACGAGAUACUUGACGUCAAGGAGCCAAGCCCUCUCAAAGAAACAGAAUCUAAACCUAUUACUGAGAAAUCAGACGAAAAGGUGCCUAGCCUAGUAGAGGAAGUAAAGGAAAAGAAACUUGACGUUAAGGAGCCAAGCCCCAUCAAAGAAACAGAACCGACGCCUAUUUCUGAAAAACCAGAUAAAAAGACCUCUAGUCCUGUAGAGGAGGCCACGGAAAAGAAACUUGACGAAAAGGAGCCCAGCCCUGUCAAAGAAACAGAACCUAAACCUAUUACUGAGAAAUCAGACGAAAAGGUUUCUAGCCCUGUAAAGGAGAUCAAGGAAAAAAAACUUGACGUUAAGGAUCCAAGCCCUAUCAAAGAAACCGAACCGACGCCUAUCACUGAAAAACCAGAUAAAAAGACGCCUAGUCCUAUAGAGGAGGUCAAGGAAAAGAAAAUUGACGAAAAGGAGCCCAGCCCUGUCAAAGAAACUGAACCUAAGCCUGUCAGUGAAAAACAUGAUGAAAAGGCCCCUAGCCCUGUAGAGGUGCUAAAAGACAAGAAAGUUGACGUUAAAGAGCCCAGUCCUAUCAAAGAAACAGAACCUACACCUAUCAGUGAAAAACCAGAUGAAGAGGCGCCCAGCCCUGUUGAAGAGCUCAAAGACGAGGUACUUGACGUCAAGGAGCCAAGUCCUCUCAAAGAAACGGAACCUAAACCUGCUACUGAGAAAUCGGACGACAAGGUGCCUAGCCCUGUAGAGGAGAUCAAGGAAAAGAAAUUUGACGUUAAGGAGCCAAGCCCUAUCAAAGAAACAGAACCGACGCCUAUUACUGGAAAACCAGAUAAAAAGCCGCCUAGUCCUGUAGAGGAGGUCAAGGAAAAGACACUUGAUGAAAAGCAGCCCAGCCUUGUCAAAGAAACAGAGCCUAAACCUAUUACUGAGAAAUCAGACGAAAAGGUUUCUAGCCCUGUAGAGAAGAUCAAGGAAAGGAAACUUGACGUUAAGAAGCCAAGCCCUAUCAAAGAAACAGAACCGACGCCUAUCACUGAAAAACCAGAUAAAGAGACGCCUAGUCCUGUGGAGAGUGUGAAGGAAAAAAAACUUGACGAAAAGGAGCCCAGCCCUAUCAAAGAAACUGAACCUAAGCCUGUCAGUGAAAAACCCGAUAAAAAAGCCCCUAGCCCUGUAGAGGAGCUAAAAGACAAGAAAGUUAACGUUAAAGAGCCCAGUCCUAUCAAAGAAACAGAACCUACGCCUAUUAGUGAAAAACCAGAUGAAAAGGUGCCCAGCCCUGUUGACGAGCUCAAAGACGAGGUACUUGACGUCAAGGAGCCAAGCCCUCUCAAAGAAACAGAAUCUAAACCUAUUACUGAGAAAUCAGACGAAAAGGUGCCUAGCCUAGUAGAGGAAGUCAAGAAAAAGAAACUUGACGUUAAGGAGCCAAGCCCUAUCAAAGAAACAGAACCGAUGCCUAUUACUGAAAAACCCGAUAAAAGGACGCCUAGUCCUGUAGAGGAGGUCAAGGAAAAGAAACUUGACGAAAAGGAGCCCAGCCCUGUCAAAGAAACUGAACCUAAGUCUGUCAGUGAAAAACAUGAUGAAAAGGCCCCUAGCCUUGUAGAGGUGGUAAAAGACAAGAAAGUUGACGUUAAAGAGCCCAGUCCUAUCAAAGAAACAGAACCUACACCUAUCAGUGAAAAACCAGGUGAAAAGGCGCCCAGCCCUGUUGAAGAGCUCAAAGACGAGGUACUUGACGUCAAGGAGCCAAGCCCUCUCAAAGAAACAGAACCUAAACUUAUUACUGAGAAAUCAGACGAAAAGUUGCCUAGCCCUGUAGAGGAAAUCAAGGAAAAGAAACUUGACGUUAAGGAGCCAAGCCCUAUCAAAGAAACAGAACCGACGCCUAUCACUGGAAAACAAGAUAAAAAGACGCCUAGUCCUGUACAGGAGUUCAAGGAAAAGAAACAUGACGAAAAGGAGCCCAGCCCUGUCAAAGAAACAGAGCCUAAACCUAUUACUGAGAAAUCAGACGAAAAGGUUUCUAGCCCUGUAAAGGAGAUCGAGGAAAAAAAACUUGACGUUAAAGAUCCAAGCCCUAUCAAAGAAACAGAACCGACGCCUAUCACUGAAAAACCAGAUAAAAAGACGCCUAGUCCUAUAGAGGAGGUCAAGGAAAAGAAAAUUGACGAAAAGGAGCCCAGCCCUGUCAAAGAAACAGAGCCUAAACCUAUUACUGAGAAAUCAGACGAAAAGGUUUCUAGCCCUGUAAAGGAGAUCGAGGAAAAAAAACUUGACGUUAAAGAUCCAAGCCCUAUCAAAGAAACAGAACCGACGCCUAUCACUGAAAAACCAGAUAAAAAGACGCCUAGUCCUAUAGAGGAGGUCAAGGAAAAGAAAAUUGACGAAAAGGAGCCCGGCCCUGUCAAAGAAACUGAACCUAAGCCUGUCAGUGAAAAACAUGAUGAAAAGGCCCCUAGCCCUGUAGAGGUGCUAAAAGACAAGAAAGUUGACGUUAAAGAGCCCAGUCCUAUCAAAGAAACAGAACCUACACCUAUCAGUGAAAAACCAGGUGAAAAGGCGCCCUGCCCUGUUGAAGAGCUCAAAGACGAGGUACUUGACGUCAAGGAGUCAAGCCCUCUCAAAGAAACAGAACCUAAACCUAUCAAUGACAAACCAGACGAAAAGGCGCCUAGCCCUCUAGACGAAGUAAAGGAAAAGAAAUUUUAUGUUAAGGAACCGGGCCCUGUCAAAGAAACAGAACCUAAACUUACGACUAAAACACCGGAUGACAAGAUGCCUAGCCCUGUACAUAAGGUCAACGACGAAAAACUUGCCUAUCAUAAGAAGCCCAGUCCUGUCACGGAAACAGAACCUAAACUUAUCACUCAGAAAGCGCCUAGCCCUGUAGAGGUCAAAGAAAAAAUACUUCAUGAAAAGGAGCCCAGCCCUGUCAAAGAAACGGAACCUAAGCUUAUCACUGAGAAACCAGAUGAAAAGGCGCCUAGCCCUGUAGAGGAGGUCAAGGAAAAGAAGCUUGACAUUAAGGAGCUUAGCUCUGUCAAAAAAACAGAACCCGAACUUAUCAUUAAAAAACCAGAUGAAAAAGCGCCCAACACUAUUGACGAGGUCAAAGACGAGAAACUUGACAUUAAGGAGCCAAGCCCUGUCAAAGAAACAAAACAGAAGCCUAUCACUGAAAAAACAGAUGAACUGUUGGCUAGCCCUGUGGAGGAGCUAAAAGAUAAGAAACUUGACGUUAAAGAGCCCAGUUCUAUCAAAGAAACAGAACCUAAUCCUAUCAGUGAAAAACCAGAUGAAAAGGCGCUUAGCACUGUAGAGGAAAUCAAAGAAAAGAAAUCUGACGAAAAGGAACCAAGCCCUGUCAAAGAAAGGGAACCUAAACCUAUCACUGAAAAACCAGACGAAAAGAUGCCUAGCCCUGUAAAAGAUUUCCAAGCUAAGAAACUUGAUGAAAAAGAGCCCAGCCAUGUUAAAGAAACAGAACCGAAGCCUUUUACUGAAAAAUCAGAGGAAAAGGCGCCUAGCCCUAUGGUGGAGGUUAAAGACGAAAAACUUGACGAAAUGGAGCUUAGUCCUUUUAAAGAAAUAGAACCUAAGCCUAUCUCUGGAAUAUCAGAUGAAAAGGCACCUAGCCCUGAAGAGGAGGUUAAACAAGAACUUAUUUCUGAGCAAGUUUAUGGAAAAGCAUCUAGUCCUGAUGAAGAAUGUAAUGCUGAAAAAUUCUCAGAAAAAGCUGUCAAUCUUUUGACCGAUAAUCUUUUUGAAAAAGCUAAAGUCUUUGCGAUUGUCGAAGAAACAUCGUUUACUGAAGAUAAGAAAGAAAGAACUAUUAUGCUUAAUGAAUCAAUAUUACCGGAUGGUAUCACUGAGAAAACUAAAGAUACGAAAGUAUACUUCUCCGAUUAUGGAGUUGAGACUUAUGCGCCUGAAGAUUUUGAUGAAAUUGACGAACCUAUUACAGAAACUUACUCCAAAACUAAAGAAAUAAUUAAAAAUGAUGUUGUAAUUCAACAAACGAUCACCGCAACAGUUACUAAACAAACAUUGUUUCAUAAAAAAUAUCAUAUUAAUAUUACCAAAAAAAUAAUUAAAACUGUUAUUGAAGAAGAAUAUCCAGAUGGGACUCGAUCACUAACUACUAGUGAAGAAGUUACAUUUGAUGACAAACCCAUGCCUGUAUUACCCAUAUCACAACAAAUAACUAAAAAGGGAAGCACUUCAAAAGACCCUCAAACUGUAACUAAUAAAUCAGCCGAAAAACCUUCAAGUGAAAUAAUACCUGAUAUUGUUACUCAUUUGAGUGACGCUGAAAACUUAGUAAUGAUAGAUGAUGUUACACUUAAAGACGAUGAAGACGUAUCAGAACAGCUAGGCAAAGAAAUUGAUGAUAUUCCAGAAGGUUUUACUUUGGUCGAAAAACCUAAAAUAAAAACUUCAACAAAAGUAGAGCAUUUGACAGAAAAUAACGUGAUAAUUAAAAGAAAAAUAACCUCAACAACAGUUGAACAAAUAUUUGGCAAUCCUGAUAUAAAUACAAGAAGAAUUAGAACCAUCAAAACAACUACGGUUGAAGAUGAAUAUCCUGACUGUACGAUCAAAACGACAACAAGCAAAGAAAUAAUUUUAGUUGAUGAAAUAUUAAAUACUGAAAAGAACCAAUUAUCUUCGCCAACACAUCGUCCUUUGGAAGGAUUUGAGUAUUCAGAAGAUCCUACAGAAGAAUCUACUACAGUAAUUGAUACUAUUAUUGAAGACGAUGUUACAAUAAAACGCAAAAUUGUUACUACCAAAAUAACUCAAAUCUUUUAUAGUAUUUCUAAAGAAAUCAAAUGUACUAGGACAAUUCUUAGGGUUACUACUGAAGACGAAUAUCCUGAUGGCAAAGUUAAUUUAAAAACUACAGAAAAAACAUCUUUAUCUGAAGAAAUUAUUGAUACUAAUUACAUAAAAGAAAAAAUCAAUAAACAAAAAGUUUUGGAAUCCCAGCGUAAAGAAGAAAUAGCAGAAGAGUUGAAAAAGUAUCACGAAGAAGGUAUUAGUGAAAAAUAUGUAGCUCAACUUAAUGGUGAAACUUCCCUUGAAAAUUUAAAAGAUCGUGAAAAAGAAGAGCGACUAGUCGAAGAUAACAUUUUGAAACUCAAAGAAAGUGAACCAGACAUCUUAAGGAUUAAAAAAACACAAAAUCUUGACAAAUUUAGUAAAAGUCAGCCAAUGAAAAAAAUUGUUAAAAAAGAAGACAAAUCAUCGACAUCCAAAGUUGAAACAAAAUCUACAGGUGAUACUUGUGGUACUACUAGCACAUACUUAGGAGAUAAAACAGCUGAAAAAGAAAUUUCCUCUCAAACGUUGACCCAUAGUAGCUCUGAAGAUAUUUCAAGAGAAGUUAGCUUAGAAGAAAAAUAUUCAUUUGAAAGCACCGAAAAAAGUGAAAAGCUAAAAACAACCAAAGAAAAAGUAAUACCUAAAGCGGAUUCUGUAAUUCAUAGUGAAACUACUGAUUCUGAUACUGUACCUUCAACAAUUGUUAAAUCAUCUACUCAAGCUUCCUCUGACACAGCAAAACAACUAAUGGAAAGUAUACAUAAAGCUUUUAAUGAUGAUAACGUACAACAAGGUAUUAAAUCAGAACUUGCUGAAUCUCUUACGGUAUGUCCUGAAUUUGAUAGAGUAUCUACUCCUCCCACUGUUCCAGUUAGUCCUCUACCUAAAUUACCAAGCAAUUUCCAAGAUAUUAAAAUAAGUGAUGGAGUUCAAAGUGAAGUUUCCUAUGAUAAAUCAGAUGGAAGCGAAGAAACAAUAACUAAAGUUGUGCAUGUAGGAGAUGAUAUACUGACUCAGAAAAUUUCAACUUCAACAGAAAAAGUACCUAAAACAUUGAAAAGCAGCGUAGAAGAUGAAUCUGAUAUCCUCAAUUUAAUGCAAACAAUAGGAAAAAUUAAAACUGAAACUGACACCGUGACGAAAAUAAUUAAAGAAGGUGAAAAUGUGGUUACACAAACAAUAACAACAGUAACGACAAAAGAAAUAAUAUCAAGGGAAGAUGGAACACCUCAAAAUAUCAAAACUACUAUUGAAACCACUACACUCAGUAAAAGUUCAGAUGGAUCCACUACUACUACAAAAGAUACACAAACAUUACUUUCAGAAUGUUCUUCCAGCCUUAAGUCUACCUCAUUGAUGGAUUUAUAUCCAAAAGAUAGUAAAUUAGACAAAUUCUACCUCGAAACUUAUGAUGAAAAGACUGAUUCUAUUUCAUGUAGCGAAGAAAAAUUAUCUCAAACGUCUUCCACUACAACUACAAUGACAGAUAUGAAAAAAGAAGAAACUUCCAUAAAAACAGAUUUCUUCAUAGAUUCGGAUGACUCUGAGGAAAAUGUAGAAGAUACAGUAAUUGACACAGAUGUUAGUAAACGAGUUAUUAGAGAAAAUAAUAUUGACAUAGUCGAAACCAUUACCACAAUAACAAAGAAGGAAAUAAUAAAAAUAAAUGAAAGUAAAAAAAAUAUUAAAACUACUAUCGAAACAAUCACUACUAAAGAAUAUCCCGAUGGUUCUAAAGAUGUCAAAAAAAAUGUAGAAGUCAAAAUAGAGGAGAUAGUUGCUGGCUCUAGUAGUAAUAUUGAAAAGAUAUUAAAUGAGUAUAAUAUGCUUGGAGAACCCGAAGAAAACGUUUCGACAAAAACUGAAGAGAUAGUUAAAGAAAAUAUAGUCAUUAAACGGACGAUUUUGACUAAAGUAGUGAAAACAAAAUACGCUGACCACGAAGGGCAACUAAGAAAAAUUAAGACCAUCACUACUGUAACGACAACUGACGAUUACCCAGAUGGGUCUUCUCAAACGAAGGUAGAUUGCAGUACUUCUUUAAUAGAUAUAGAAGAGAAAGAUGUUAUAGAGAGCACAGAAUUGAAUGAUUAUACAAUUAUAGAAGAUAAAACGGUUGAUGUAAAUACACAUGAAAAAGACGUCGUAGUGGAUGGUAAAAAAGUUCAUCAACUAAUUACUACAACUACUACAAAAGAAAUUCUAGCAACUAGUGAUCGGUCUAAAAAAAAAUUAAAAACCACAGUAGACCAAACUAUUGAAUCGACUUUUUCAAACGGAGUUACAGAAGUUACUAGAGAUUCACAAGUAUUCAUUUCCGAUUAUACACUCGAGCCUGAAGAAGGAAUGCCGGAAGGAUUCGAGAUUAGUGGUGAGCCACAUGAAGAAACAACAGAAGAGUUUGAAGUUAUAAAUGAUAAUGGAAUAAGUAUCAAAAGAAAAACAAUUACUACUGUUAUUAGCGAGGAGUUACAUAAUACAACAAAAAAUAUUAAGCGAAUUAAAACAACAACUAAAACCAUUGUAUCUGAUGAAUAUCCAGAUGGAUCUACUAUAGUAAAAACAAGUGAAAAGAUUUCUAUAAUGGAUGACGAUCUAGAAAUAUCUCAUACAGAAAAGUCUCCUGUAACAUCUUCAAAAGAUAUUAUUGAAAAAUUAUCUCCUACCUCAGUAUAUGAAGACGAUAAAGACAAAAUUGAAGAAUUACUUAAAAAUCUUAUCGCAACCGGAGAACCUGAAGAAACAGAAACAAGCGAAGAUAAAGAAAUAAAAUAUGAAGAUUUUAUAAUAAAAAGAAACAUCGUAGUAAAAAUUGUAAAAAUAAAUUUCGCUGACAGUUAUGGAACGAUAAAAAAAGUUAAAUCCAUUACGACUACUACAACCACCGAUAAGUAUCCCGAUGGCUCUUCGCGUAUUAGUGUCGAUAAAAGACAAUCAAUUUCCGAUGUCGAUGGUAUGGAUUCAAUGCAUGCGGAAGAUGAUUUAAAAGAAUUCGUACGUGUUUUGGAUAAAUCAGUCAACGUUGAUAAUCAACAAAAGACCGUUUUAAGAGAUGGUUUAAAUGUUACCCAAUUAGUCAAUAUAAUGACUACUAAAGAAACACUAGCUACAGAAGAUUAUGCUAAGAAAAUUAUAAAAACUACAAUUGAAACUGUUACAGAAACUAAACUACCAAAUGGAAUUACAGAAGUAACGAAAGACGUAAAAAUUACUUUAUCUGAUGACAGUAGCGAUGCUUUCGAUGAGAAUUUAGUUGGUUAUACGCAGUUAGGAAAACCUGAGAUACAAACAAACAUACAGAAGGAACAAUUAACUGAUGAAGGCAAACAAAUUAACAGGAAAACAACUAUAACCACUAUUAAAGAAGAAUUUGAAAAUACUAAAUCUAGAUGUAAAAAAGUUAGAACUACAACACGAACAACAACUGAAGAUGAGUAUCCUGAUGGAACGGUUAUUACAAAAAAAAGUGAAAAAGUUUCCGUUGCCGACUUUCUGCUUAAGGAACCCAACACAGGUAAUGAAGAAGAAUCUUUAGAUUCAUAUGUUGGGGAAAGUGAAAUUGUAGAAAGCACUUCUCAGGACACAGUAGUUAACAAUGAGAUCAUACAAAAAGGAAAUAUAGAAAUCAAGCGUACUAUUACUACUAAAACGAAAAGAGAAAUUUUAGCAAGUGCUGAUAAAGACACUGAGCGCGUUAGAACUACAAUCGAGACUGUCACUGACGAUUUAUAUCCUAAUGGGUUAGUAGAAACUACAAAAGAUAUCAAAAUAACUAUUUCUGAAUCACAAAAAUCUUAUGAUAGUGAUUUACAAGCUGCAUUGUAUGGACUUAAGCCAACUGGGAAAGUAAAGAGUGCAGUUGAUAAAAAGACGAAUAUAAUUUUCACUGAUGACUCUAAGAAAAUCGAUCAAACUGUAACAACAUAUAUUACUAAAGAAGAAAUGGUUAACACCGAUAUGAAUCUUUAUGCUGUAAAGACUGUAACUGAGACCGUAACAGAAAACAAAAAUGAAGAUGGCAUAAUACAAAUAACUAAUGAUUUGAAUACACAGGUGACAUAUCUUCCUCAGGGUACAGGAAUUGAUGAUUGGUCUCCAGAAGAAUUAGAUCAAAUCGAGAAACAACCAAAUAUUCAACAGAAACCUAUGGAAUCCAUAGCCCACAUUGAAGAAGAUAAGCCCAUUUUAUCUGAACUGCCGUUAGAAAAAAAAUCAAAUGCACAAUCUGAAAGCAAACCAAAGAAAAGAUCUCCAGUAGGUGAAAUAACUACCGAUACAGAUACCUUCACGAAAAUAAUAAAAGAGGGUGAUAAUGAAAUAACUCAGACAAUUACUGUAGUUACAACUAAAGAGGUCAUUAGUCCUGAAAAAAUUAAAGUUACUGUUGAAACGACCACUGUUAGUAAAGGAAGUGACGGUGUAACUAAAACUACCAAAUCUACAAAAACGACAAUUUCAGAAAUAAAAGAAGAAUAUGAGGAAAUAAUCGAUACAGGUGAAAGUGAAAAGUCAUUCUCGAAACUUUCAUCAAAAACGAGCGAUAUGCGAAGUUCCUCUGCUGCCAGUGAUGAUUUAGACCAUCCUGGUAUAUCAUCACCGCCGUCUGAUAUUAGUUCAAGAGAAUCACGAGCUGCUACUCAUAUUUGGGGCACUGAGAGUAGUGGAAUGUAUUACAGUGAUGAUGAUGGCCAAGCAAGUCCAAGCAGUACAAAAUCACAAAUAGCACAUUCACCACGAUCAAAUUUAAGCUUCGAGCUUGACUCAAAAUCACCACAUCCUAGAGAAUUAAGUCAUGAUAGUUUACCAAAAGUAGAAUUUGAUCCUAUGUCAACAUCAAUUUAUGGACAAUUGCCCGAUGAUGACUCUUGUACAUAUUCAACACAUUCCGAAGAUAAGACUGAAAUUCUUUUUACUGAAAAACCUUUAACAAAAAUGACUGAAGACUUUUUAUCACAUGAACAAUCGCAGUCUGUACUAAUCAAGCAUGCCAUGAAGACGUCUGAUGCAUCAUUUCUAAAAGAAGCUGACGAACACUUUGAAAAAGCUAUUGAAGAGCAUAAAAAGGUGAGUGGCCCUGAAGUGAUAUCCAGUGUCACAGGUAAAUACAAACUAGAUCAACACGAACAUUCGAGCUCUAGUCAUCAAGAAAGUAAAACGGAAACAACUUCAUUAACUCUUAAAGAUCUCAAAACUGAGUCGAAAAAAGUUGCGCAAACCUCAUCCUCGUCGACUAGUAGCAAAUCUGAAACUAAGUCUGAAAAAACUAUGGACCCAAUAGAGUCUUGGGGCAAACCUCUCGGUCUACCUAGUCCAGUAUUGCCAUCUAAUCAGACAGAUGGUAAAAGCACGCCGAAAAAACAAGUUAGUACAACCGUGGCAAAUAAAAACAAGAUAAAUCAAGAGAAAAGUAAAGAAGCCAAAAGGGCUGCAGAAUCUCCAACAAAGAAAAGAGCUCCAGCUCCAAUCUAUAUGGAUCUAACUUAUGUUCCUCACCAUGGGAAUUCUUACUACUCUGCUAUUGAAUUCUUUAAAAGAGUUCGAGCCAGAUACUAUGUUUUCUCAGGGACAGAACCAUCUAAAGAAAUCUAUAACGCUCUCCUCGAUGCCAAGAAGACGUGGGAAGAUAAAGAUUUAGAAGUAACCAUAAUUCCCACAUAUGAUACUGAUGUUCUUGGCUUUUGGGUGACUGAAAACGAGGAAGCACUUGAGAAAUACAAGAUUGAUCUUUCGCCGUCGGCUUCCCGAUGCACAAUCAACUUACAGGACCACGAGACAUCUUGCGCAGCCUAUAGGCUCGAGUUC